AUGCCCGAACACACUCCAGCUCCCACCCCAUCCCGUGCCAUCUAUGGAUUCUGCUUGUUCCUCCUGUUCAAAACGCUUUUCAUCCUUUACGUUUUGUGGGCCUUCAUUCCCACCUCAAUCCUGGACGGUUUCGGACUGACCUACCUUCCGGACAAGUACUUUGCCCUGUUCAUACCGAUACUGGUGCUAGUAGGGUUGACGUUUUUCGCAUUUCUGGUUUACCCAUCGCUUUCGCUGGCUAUGAUGCCCGAUGUAGAUUCUGUGCCGACCAUCACAGACCGGUACUCGAUCGUCCGCUGUCAGUAUCAAUUUCCGGAUCGACAACGAUGCAAUCAGAAAAUUGACGGCGUCUACCAGGAUAGCUGGGCGGCAAAACCAUUCUGCUCGAAGCACUCGAUUCGGGUGACGACAGCUAGCGAUUUGAGGAGUAGCGUUAGGAUUUCCAACUUUUGCGACUGCCCUGAGGAGGAGCGCUGUUUGCUCCGGAAGGAUCCAGGACAUUUGACGAAGCUACGGGCGAAGCAAAUGGUACCAGCGGUGGCGGAUUUGAACCUAGGUGAAGUGAGUCGAGUGUUGUACAGAAAGCGAAGGCGCUAAACAAUAGCUAGGAUAUAAGGAAUUGAGCCAAAUAUAACAAUCAUUAAAA